AUGGCGCUGUACAGGUUGGGGAUGGAUGGAGGGGACCGGCGCCUCAUGAAAUGUAUUAUAACGCUUUACCAGCCAUGCCAUUUGUCAACAAACCAGAAGCCACGAACCAUUCUAUCCAUAUUAACGUCGAAGGCCAGACAUCUGAAUGCAAGAUAUGAGCAGUUUUUGGAAAGAAAGUUCCCCAAUUUUUAUACGCUAUAUUCCACUUUUAUGAAAGGCUUUCGGAUGGUGUUGUUAGAUGGGAAAGAAGUACACGUGAUCAAGAAGAAUAUGAUAAGUCAAGGAUUAAAAUAUUACCAACUGCCUUACAGGGAAAUGGAGAAACUGAGGCAGUUCCGAAGAGAUAUUAUUAAAGCAGCACCAGUGAUGAUCAUUUCAAUUCCACCCUUUGCCAAUUACUUUGUCUUUGUCCUCAUGUAUUUUUUUCCUCGCCAGAUGUUAAUCCGGCAUUUUUGGACUCCCAAACAACAACAGGAGUUUUUGGAAAUUUACCAUAGCAUGAGAGAAGAGGUCUACGAGGAUGUACUAGAAAGUUUACAAAUUGCAACUUCUAAAGUCUCUGAGGAGCCUCUGCACAAUAAUAUGGUCCAGUUGUUUACACAGGUGCAGAAUGGAGUUCAUCCCCAGUUGGUGGACAUUGAAGCAAUCAAAGCCGCUUUCUCAGGCCCCCCUCUGUGUAUGACAGAAUUGGAUAUUCCUCAAAUGAAAGCUUUAAGCCGCGUUAUGUUCCUGACACCACACCUCCCAGGCUUUUUCCUGAAGCGCCGUCUCAGAUCGCACAUUUUAGAGAUUUGGCACCUGGACACUUCGCUGCUUCAACUUGGGGUCGAUGAACUUACUGAUGAGGAAGUAAAAAGGGCGUGUUACAUCCGAGGGCUGAAUUCUGCUCAUCUUGGUACAGAAGCUUGCAGAAGGUGGUUAAGCUGCUGGAUCCAGCUGUCUAGAGACUUGGAAGGUAAGACACUACUGUAUACUUAUUAA